AUGGAAACGUAUCUAGAAUGCAGUAUCUGCUGUGAAGACUAUACAGUAAUUAACAAAAUCUCAUCCGUAUGUGGUCAUGAUGACCUUUGUCCCAUCUGUAUCAAGCGACAUAUUGAAGCCGAAUUAAAUACUAAAGGUGAUAUUGUUCAAGUGCGAUGUCCAAAGUCUCGUUGCACAACAGAGUUGACUUAUGAAGAUUUAAGAAGAUUGGCUCCAAAAGAAUUAUUCGAAAGGUAUGACACGUUGCUACUACGCGCUGCCAUUCGUAAGCUCCCUGACUUUCGUUGGUGCAAGGCACCUAGAUGCGGUUCCGGUCAAGAGCACACGACCGGAG